AUGCCGAUGCUACCAUAUCACGUUCCGAAAACUUUGAAACAUCUAAAUGUCACAUCAGCUUUAACAUCGGUACAAGAACUUCUUCCGCCGCUGAAUAAUAACCUAAAGAAGGGUGAAUGUGGACGAAUUGGUGUUGUUGGUGGCUCGUUGAUUUAUACUGGAGCACCGUAUUUUUCGGCUAUUACUGCGCUAAAAGUGGGAUGUGAUAUGGUACAUGUAUUUUGCCCAGCUGAAGCAGCAAACGUAAUCAAAGGAUAUAGCCCAGAGUUAAUGGUACAUCCAUCAUAUGAUAAGGAUGCAAUUACAGAAUCAUUGCAUCGUGUAGAUGCAUUUGUCCUAGGACCAGGUCUUGGAAGAGAAGAAAAAACAUUAUCGGUUGUAGAAUUUGUAAUUGAAUCAGCUAAAAAAAAAAAUAUACCUGUCAUUGUGGAUGCGGACGGUUUGUUCUUGCUUGCCAAGAAUCUGAAUAUUAUCCAAGGUUACGAGCAAGCAAUAUUGACUCCAAAUCACUCGGAAUUCAAUCGUCUCUACCAAUCAGCUUUCAAAGUAGACAAAAUUGAUAGAGCGAAAAUUGAGUCCGGUGAAGCAGCAUGGGAAUUAGCAAAUCAUACUGGUUGUACAAUACUUCAAAAAGGACCUCACGAUGUGAUUACUAAUGGAGAGGAACUUUGUCGAGAAGAAUCAGUUGGUUCACCGAGACGUUGUGGUGGACAGGGAGAUUUGCUUAACGGUGCAUUAGCAGUUUUCUCAUAUUGGGCUCUCCGGAAAAAUGAUUCAAAACCAAUGAUUUCUGCUGGUAUUGCUGCAAGUCAGCUUAUUCGAUGGGCUGCAAAAGUAUCCUUUGAAAGGAAUGGAAGAUCGUCUACAGCCAGUGAUAUGAUUGCUGAAAUACCGGGACUGAUAAGACUUUGCGAGCCAUAA